AUGCCAGAGCCAGCCGAGCCCAUUCAGAAGAAGCGCCUUCUGCGGAUGACAGUGGCGCACUACCGCCAACCACACGUCAGCGAGGAGGACUUCCACCGCUGGGUCACCGAGCAGCACGCCGUGCGUGCCGCGAAGCUCCAUGCCAAGAACGGGAUCGAAGGGUUUUCUAUAUAUUUUGCUCCCAAGCCGUUUCGUGACAUGACGGCGGAGCUGAACGCCAAACGCGGGAGGCCCUGGGUUGUCCGUGACUACGAUGCUCAGGUGGAGUUCUUCUUCCGCGACAUGGAGACCUUCUACAAAGGGGCGUCAGAUCCCGAUUUCCAGGCACUGCAGGCGGAGGAGGAGCCUUUCAUCAGCAGCAUCCAUGCGGAGAUCAGUAUCGGUUGGAUAGAGACAUAUGUUAGCGACGGGAAGGUUGUGAACAUCGGUGAAGAUGACAAACCCAAUUAUCCAGCAUUUCAGGAGUCGCAAGUUGCCCCAUAG